AUGGUAGGCAAAGUCAGCGAGAGGGUUCUCCUUCGGGAGGGCCUGGAGAGAACCGACAAUGGAAUGAAGCAGACCAGCUGGCCAGACGUCACACCGAUCAAUCAGAAGAACUACUACACGGAUUAUAUGAAGCGCGAUGAUCAGAUUCUCGCUUUGCGACUUCAAGGCGACGCCACCCGCGACAGGAUCGUUCAAGCUGCUAAGGACAGAGAUCGUGCUCUUGCGCAAAGUGGGCGCGCCGAGGUCCCUCUCGUUAUACCCGAACUUCAGCCUGACGAAGCACCUGCCGAUGCCAAUGCCGGCCUCGAUCCUUCCAAAGUUAUCGUCAUUCACCCUGGCAGUCAAAACCUCCGAAUUGGGUUCGCCAGCGACGCACUUCCAAAGUCCAUCCCAAUGACACUUGCGACAAAGUUCCCUCAGACCGAGGCGGAAAUGCACGAAGCGCUCCCCCGGCGCCAAUUCGAAGCAAAGACACAAGACCAACAAUACGGCGAGGAGUGGUCAAAGAAGUACACCAAAAUGUGCAGCGAUCUCAAGUUGGAGAUGCGCGCAAACAAGCGCAAAGUUCUACCCAACUCCAAGGAACUUGUCUUGAACUAUAACCGCCGGACUGAGCCCGAAAUUAUUCAAACACACAACGACCCUUUACAAAUCGACUGGACCGAUGUCAACAAUCUCGACGACCCCAAAUCAUCCGCGUCUUGUUUCAUCGGGCAUCAAGCGCAAAGAGUGCCAGACGAUUCUCAACCUAAAUUCAAGCUCUGGUGGCCCAUUCAGCAUGGAUACAUGAACGAGGAUGAGUACCUGAACGCUGAACACAUGUUUGACGAUCUAGAAACCCUCCUCGACAAGGCAAUCAGGCAGGAGCUUGGCCUGACCAAGAACAGCACCUGGAGACAGUACAGCUGCGUCUUCGUCAUCCCAGAUCUCUACGACAAGAAGUACGUGGAGCAGGUGCUUCGAUCUUGCAUGACAUGGUUCGAGUUCAACCGGGUAUGUUUCAUUCAGGAAGGCAUGGCUGCUACGUUCGGUGCAGGCUACACUCAGGCCUGCGUCGUUGAUGUGGGAGCGCAAAAGACAUCGAUCACCUGCGUUGAAGAUGGCCUUUGCGUUGAAGACUCUCGCAUCAACUUGAAGUACGGCGGUUACGAUGUGACGGAGACUUUUGUCAAGAUGCUCCUCUACGACAACUUCCCCUAUCAAGACAUCAAUCUUAGGAGGCGACAUGACUUUCUCCUGGCUGAGGAGCUCAAGAUGAAGCACUGCACGAUGGCACAAGCGGACAUCUCUGUCCAGUUAUAUCAGUUCCAUCUGCGAGCUCCAAACCAACCGACCCACAAGUACCAAUUCAAGACGUAUGACGAGGUCAUUCUGGCUCCCAUGGGCUUCUAUGAUCCGGCCAUCUUCGACAAUAGCACCAAGAUAAGAGGCCGGGGGAAGUUGCUUGACCGAUCAUACAAUGCAUACGACGUGGAUAUCCCCGACGAUCCGACAUCAGCAGCCCAGUUUGGAAUCUUGGCUCUCGUCAAGCCAUCAUUAAAUUCUGCGCCUACCAAUGGCUUUACCCAAUCGCAGAACGAUGUAUCGACGCCGGUCAAGGAAAGAUUACAGCCGUUUGACUUCUUGAAGCGGGGCGAGAACGGCAUCAACGGCACUCCAUCUGGGUCCAAUGCUCCAUCGCCAGCGCCGGAGGGUGUCAGCACGCCUGUGCCAGCUCCUUUCGUGUUCGGCGGAAGCAAGGAGGGCGUUAACGGAGGAAGCCCCGCCCCCCCUGUGAGGAAUGGCGGUACGCCGGGCCCGAACGGCACAGCUGUUCCACAGCUGCCCCCGGGCAUGUUCGUUGACGCCUCUGCGCGCAGCGCCAAGGCCAUAGCAGUUGAACGCGACGGCGUUCUGCCCACUGCACCGUUGGAUCUUGCUAUUCUGACCAGCAUUUACAACGCAGCCAAGGGUGACGACAAGAAGCUGCGUGAUUACCUGGGCAGUAUCAUGGUCAUUGGAGGUGGUUCGAAGACGCCCCAAUUCACAGUUGUGCUAGAGGAGAAGCUCAAGGCACGGCGACCUGAUCUCUUCGAUCGCAUUUUGGUCAGUCGAAGUGCCAGGGAUAUGGACGAGCAGGUUGUGACCUGGAAGGGAGCUAGCGUUUUCGCCAAACUCCCGGCCAACGACUCUUGGGUCACGCCGUUCGAAUUCGAACGACUGGGGGCUCGCGUGCUGCACCACAAGAAAGCAACGGAGUCGGGGAAUGAACAAUGGCACUCGGGAACUGGCAUUUAUGGAGGCAAAAGUCGUAAGGAACGUCUAGCAGCCAAUGGCGUUUGGUGUCAAAACGAAAGACUACUUUCCGGAGUUGAACUUUUUGAGGUAUUAAUUGUCGACGUCGGCGGCCACGGAGUCCGCACUGUAGCGGGUGUCCGGACGGUGGCUUAUGUGUAUGAUGCUCACCCGACGUCCCGCACCGGCACUCACUACCAGCAGCAAACUCAACCGCCCGACGUUCCUAGCAUCUCCUCCGCCCGCCGCGAGAUAAUCAACUCAAUCGCCCGACCAAAUACCACGGCACUCGACUUUUCCAUCAUGGCGGUUCUCUCCCGAUAUCUGCCCUUCUCCGAGGCAACUACUACGCUGCAAGCAGUGACAUACCUUCUCGGCAUAUCUCUCUUUUCUAUUUCCUUCCUCGUCUUCCUCAAUAGCAGCAUAUCCUUCGUUAUUACCGACCUAAUUGGCGUCAAGGAUGGCGUUGGCGACAUUGUCGGCACUCUCGGCUUCGUAGACGAGCUCGUUGCCCUCGUCGCAUGUCCGGUCUGGGGUCUCGUCUCGGAUCGGCUCGGUGUGAGAUGGGUGGCUGUCAUCGGGUAUGCCGUCAUCGGCGCAGCAUUGCUUCUUUUCGUUCAGGCGAAGAAUGUCUACCCGCAGCUACUCCUGGCACGCAUUUUCUUUGCCAUUGGCGCCACAGCGUCCGCCACCAUGGUAACGGCCAUUCUGCCUUCAUUGACGGACGAUGGCGACAAUUCAGACAGCUCCGCUGACGCUGCGAACAAACCGACGCAUAAUCCUCGCAACAGUGUGGCCAUGUCUCUCGAAUCCGACAUGACUAUCACCCCGGCGCGCUUCCAUGGUUUCGGCGGAGACGGACAAACUGCGACAGCGAGUGAGAGAGAGGAGGCAAAGGCUGGAAGGCCUUCGUCAUUGGCGGGCUACGUUGGGCUAUUCACAGGAUGCGGCGCGCUGGUCGCGCUCUCCCUGUUCCUCCCGCUUCCCGCCCGAUUUGGUGAGAUUGACGGCAUCACACCUGCUACGGCUGUCGCCGACAGCUUCUAUGUGGUGGGAAUUGUGGCGUUUGUGAUCUCGGUCUUCGUUUUCUUUGGGUUGAGAAAUCUCAAGGGCGAGGAAGGCAAGGGCUGGAGUACUCUAUUGGGUCUGAAGACGAACUCGGACUCGGAAGACGAGUCUGACGACAACAGGGCAGACCACCCAACCCGGCCGAAGGUGCUUCCAUACUUCCGCCUCCUGCGCGACUCCGUAACUCUCGGUUUCACGGAUUCUCAGAUCGCUCUGGGAUACCUGGGCGGCUUUGUGGCUCGCGCAUCCACUGUUGCCAUUUCGCUCUUCAUCCCCCUUUACAUCAACACCUACUAUAUCAGCAACGGCUUCUGCCAGGGCUCCCCGCAUGACCCCUCGCCAGAGCUGAAGAAGGAGUGCCGGGCCGCCUAUCUGCUUUCGUCAAUCCUGACUGGCGUAGCUCAGCUGUUUGGUCUCUUUGCUGCGCCUGCGUUCGGAUAUUUCAACAGAAGACGCGGUCGUGUCAACUACCCCAUUCUCCUUGCCACUGCCUUCGGUAUCGUUGGCUACAUUAUUCUGCCACAGUUGCAGAGCCCGGAAUACAAGAACGUCGACGGCCGAGGCGGCAGCCCUGCCAUUUUCCUAACCGUGAUCCUAAUCGGCAUCAGCCAGAUCGGUGCCAUUGUCUGCAGUCUCGGCUUCCUUGGCCGUGGCGUUCUGACUGCAGAUAUCCCCAAGUCUCAGGUCAUCGACACGGUCGAAGACUCAGCAGAAACCAUGGAGACUUCCCCAGAGUCUGCGCCUCUAUUACAACACAACGCUAGCGUGGAUGCCGUGUCGCGAGUGCGACUCAAGGGCUCCAUCGCCGGCAUGUACUCCUGGUUCGGAGGAGCAGCUAUUUUGCUUCUUACCAAGCUAGGAGGCUACUUAUUCGACGCGGUGUCCAAUGGCGCCCCGUUUUACAUGAUGGCUUUCUUCAAUGCCAUCCUCUUCUUUACCAGUCUUGGCAUUGAUGCUGCUCGUUUUUACAGGGAUAAGCAGUGA